AUGUCCUCAAUAGGCACGCCCGCGUGCAUUAUGAUGCUCGCGGCGGUGGAACUGGUGUUCGCGUCAGUGUACGCGGCACAAGCUGAUUUUUUCCUCUUCGCCGACCUCACUCACUCUCUCGACGGCGGAGAUAUUUUACCGUACGAGAGAACCCGCGCGGACGCUGUCACGACCCCAGUUGGCGACUUCUCUGCAAGAUAUGCCUUGAACGCAAACUCCGUGUCGGCUUUGGUUGACGCGAUGCAAGCUUGCGCGCCCAAGAUACUUGCAAUGUACAUCGCGUCCAGCGAUGCGCGUGCCGUACGUCUGACGCGCACGACUGGUUGGUUGGGUGCUGUGAGUUUUGUUGAGGAGUUUUGGUCGGCGAGGCCAACAUAUGUUUCCCUUGACGGUGGCGAUGGCGAGCUUGUAACGCGCGCGCUACAAACUCAUAUUAAUCUCCAUUUGAUCAUGGGCGACUGCGACGAUGGGAUUGACGAGGGGUUCAAGUUGGACUGCUCGCUAAAACAGCAUCAUGCACCGUGGAGCACUGUGGAGAACAUCUUUGCUGAAAAGGAACGGGUUCCAGUGCCCGACCUUAUUGUCCUCUGUAGCUCGUCUGACGCGCUUCCCGGAGACCUCAGCGCCUAUUUGAUGCGGGCGAGAACGCAGAGGUCAGCUUCUGCUAGAUAUGUUGCGGCCUAUGUUUCCGCUUCUGAAUCACCCUUUUCAGUACGUCGGGUUUUGCUAGGUUUUAACCAGGUUGGAUUGGACCCUUCCUCAGCUGCGAUGGCAGGCGUCGGUGCAUAUCAUUGCAAUAUGAUGUGUGAUACGCAAGUUAACAUGUUCGUUUCGCUCUUGCUCUCCUGGACCCUUUCACUGACCAUCUUGUUGGGAUAUGGUUUCCUGCACUCUCUGGAUACACCAGUGCACUGUUUCAGGAACCAGGUACGAAGUUGA